CACGAUGACAGUUCGUUGACAGUCGUUUAUUUGAAUGUUUACAGUAGUUUUUUUUCCGGAACAUUGUGCAAUGCACUUUCGACUUUGGAAUAAUAAUUUUUCUAAUACAAUACUCUUAUCUAAAGUUGUAUUUUUAAAUGGAAAAACAAAGUAGAAUGGACCGAAUAUUCGUGGCUAAAAUAAGAGAUUUCCGAUGAAAAAUAAAACAAUCGAACAAUAACAACACAGUUGAAAUCCACUGUUGCCAACUGUAUAAUGAACUGUUCAUGCGAAAGAGACAGAUGAAAAAAGGCACACAAACCAAGAUAAUAGCUACUCAAUGGCGGCGGCAUUUCUCACACAGUGCACCAAGCAACAUUGUUUUCGUUUCGAAUUUUGUUCAUUUUCGAUUUGUUUAGCAUUCAAUUUUGUUUCAGUUUCUUUCAAUGUAAUUGGUCGUGUAGCUAUUUGUUGUUCAACAUUUUGUGGAUAAAUCAAGGAAAUCUUCGAUAAAAAAAACUCCGAGUGGACUCGGAACCAAAAUGAAUGUUUACAUGUAAAGCUAUUUUGGAUAGAUAAAUAGCCAAAAGAAUUUCUAUUUUUGAAUUGUUCGUAAUCAAGUGGUGUAUAUGUGAGAGGGAAAAUGAGUGCAGCUACAGAAAAGCAUGUAAAGAGUAACCUAUUUAAGGAUGUGAAAUACUAUGUGACCGGAACAAUUGAACCAGAGAUUCAAAAGCUGCUGGAAAAUGGAGGUGCUUCUUCGACAAAAAUUAUGUUCACCAAUAUCACACAUUUGCUGUGCGGUGCGGGUUUCGAUGAAAAAGAAAUUGGUGAAGCGAAUGAUAUUUAUGAUAUUCCAAGUGUGACUGGUGAAUGGGUGGAGGCAUGUGUUCGACUUGGCCGUUUGGUAUGUCCAAAAAUCUAUCAUCCAAUUCCAAAUGGUUUAUUCACACCGAUUGUUGCUGCUUUUACGGAACUGGGCAUUAAUGAUCGUAAAAGACUAUACGGACUGAUCACUUUUCACGGCGGACGUGUCGAAAGAUAUUUCACACCAAAAACCACACACUUAGUUUGUGGCAGAGCGAACGGUGAUGUUUAUACCAAAGCAAUGGAAUUGAAAUCGGACAAAUUCUGCAUUGUGUCCCCCGAUUGGUUUUACGAGUGCCUAAACGAACAGAAAUUGAUCGAUCCAAAACCAUAUCAUCCGCGUCGACUGAAACCAGCCAUUCAAAAUGUUAAACACGACAAUCGAAGUCUGGCAGAAAUCAUGGGAACGGAAGAUGAAGAGAAGAAACCAGAACGUACAAUAACAAAAUCGGUGCGUGAAUUAUUUGCAAAACAAAUGGAUACCACGCUACAAAUGACCACCAAAAGUAUCGCCAAUUCAACAACAAGUGCAACCAAUUCAAUUACUACUUCAAGCACACCAUUGCCACCGAUAAUUGCCGAGGAGACCAGAUCAAAACCAUCGGAAACACAUCAAUCCAAACCAAUCGACAAUUUGCAGACUGCGCAAAGAAAUACAAUGAACCAAUCAAUGCCCAAUCAACCGAACAAAAUGGAACAAUCUAUUCGGGAAAAGAUGGAACAACAGCAACAUCAGCAACAACAGCAACAACAACAGCAACUACAACAACAACAGCAGACCAUGAUUCAAGUGACAAAACCAAUUACCCCAUCGACACCAACGACUCCAGUUCAUUCUCAGCUGUUGCAAAAGCAACUAGAACUACCACUCAAAAUGGAUAAUUCAAAUGUUCCAAUGCAAUCGACACAACAAAGUCAUCCACAAAUCCAACAAUUCCAAGUGGCUCAGCCUCAAAAAUCUCUUCAGAAUCAACAGCAACUACCAAUUAUGCAGACACAGCAGAUGAUGGGCCAAGUGAAAAUCGAUCAAUCUAAUCAAUUAAUGAACCAAAAACAAGCUAUGACUUCAAUGCCACUCCAGGGACUACAAAAUGUGCAGCCUCAUGUGCAAAAUAUUGCCACACAGCAACAAAAUCAAAUUCAAAUCCAACCUAUCCAACAGCAACAACCACAACAAUCUCAAUCCCAGCAGCAGCAACAACAUCAGGCUAACCAAAUGCAACAGAUUGUUGAUCAGAGCGGCCAAAUACAGUUCAUGAAUGCUGGACCACCAGGAACACCGACCAAUUUCAAUUCGGUGCAUCAAAACCAACAGCAAAUGAAAGUCAUUCACAACGUUCAACAACCACAAAUGCAGCAACAAACGCAACAAUUUAUAGUUCAGUCUCCAGGGCCAAAUAAAACGAUGUUGAACCAAAAUGUUGUGUUCAUAAAUCAGUCGGGACAACAGCAAAUUAUCACAUCCAAUCAGCAGCAGGGAAAUAAUGUCGCUUUAAUUCAACAGCAACAAAGAAAUAUGAAUGCAUCACAGCAGCCCAUGCAAAUACAAGGUCAACAAAUUGUUAUUCACUCGUCUGUACAGCAGCCACCUCAGAAUCAAAUAUUACAAUCGCCUCAGCAACAAACACAAUUUAUUGUGCAAACAUCUCCGAGUCAAGGUACUUCAAUGAUGAAUCAGUCUCCAAAUCAGCGUAUGGUCAAAACGCCUACCGGAGCACCCGCAAGCUGGUAUUUGCAACAACAGCAGCAGCAGCAAACACAGCAGCAACAACAAGCGAUGGGCCAAAACGCUGAUGUAACUCAGAAUGUUUCAUCCCAACAAAUGCAAAAUAUGCAACAAAAGUUGAUCCAGCAAUCACCGGGCGCAAAUCAACAAAUGGCAUUUCCAAAUAUGCAAAACACUGAGCAUCCAGAAGGUGUAAUGGCUCAGCAGCAUAACCAAACGAUCAUGAUCACAGCGAGUCAGGCACAAGGACAACAACCAUCACAAACUCCACCGAUUCAACAAGUCCAGGGAAUGAUGCAGAAUCAAGGACUCAUGCAAAAAAUGCACGUUCAAAACCAGCAAAUCGUUCUCACACCAAGUCAGUCUCCACAACACGGUAAUAUGCAAAUGCAAAUGCAAUCGUUGUCUCCGCAACAGCAAAAGCCACCGCAACAAGGACAACAGGUGCCCGGACAACCGCAAUUCAUUAGAGCGGCUCGAGCACAAUGGCCUGGCAAUCAACGAAGUCUACAGCGCCAACUGAUCCACUUGGAUGCUCAUCAACAUGCUCAUCUACAAACACUUGAACCAGUUCAACGUGCUGAAUAUUUGGCCAAAUUACAGAAACGAAACAUUCUCUUACAGCAGCAGCAGCAGCAACAACAACAGCAAGGGUUUAUACAAGGCAAUGCUGUUGGUGGUCAACUACGACCCCAACUUCCCGGUGUAAUAGCACGACCCCAAAUGCCUGGUACACCAAUGCAAUGGAUACAGCAACAGCAACAACAAAGACCGAUGUUAGUGCGAAGUGCAGCGCCUGGUCUGAGUCCGAUUUCCCAACAAACCAUUGCUAGUCCUGGCGGCAAUAUUGCAGCACAACAAUCUCCUGUUCCGCAGCAAUACCAUGAUCCAAAUACGCCUCCACAAUUCCAACGCAUGCAGGCCCAACAAGCUCCUGGACAAAAGCCGAUGCCACAAGGAAACAUGGUGGUACCCAUUCAAAAACCAUUCGCAGAAACUGCUGACCAGCAACAACAGCAGCAGCAACAACCAAAUCAAGGAAUUGUGCAACAACAGCCGGGUGUUGACGGAACAACGACGCAGGUGCAAAUGAACAAGACAAAAACUGCUUUGGCACACAUGCUAAAUAGUCGGCUCAGUAAUACUGGAAAUAAUGGUGCCGGAAUGCCAAUGCAAGCAACCGAUGCACAAUCUAUUGCAGACCAUUCAGCGGCCGGAACGCUACGUAUGAUGACUGCACAGCUCAAUUCACCCGUGCCACAACAACCAUUUCAAGUGGAUCCAAAUGCUCCUACCCCUCAAUUCAAGUGUAUUCAAAUUCAGCAAACACCUCCCGGACAAAAGCCGAUGCCUCAAGGAAAUAUGAUAGUUACAGCGCAGAAGCCAUUCCCAGAUGGGAAUGUCGAUCCGCAACAGCCACCAAUUCAAGUGCCUGGAAUGGUGCAACAGCCAUCACCAGUGGACGGAACACCGCCACAAAUUCCAUUGAACAAAAGUAAACAAGUGAUUCUACAGUCACCAUCUGGUAUGAAAUCGCCUCCAUUCAGUCCGAAUCGUUCGUUGCCGCGACCACAGUUCUAUGGUCAUAAUCCAAAUCUGAAACUUCCAGCCGAAAUGUUUUUGACGGGCUGUAUUUUCUACAUUGUGGAAUAUGACGAAUCAAAUCCGUCCGAUAUACCGGAAUGGAAAAAACUCAUUCAGCGGCAUGGCGGUGACGUGGAAACCGUUUAUUGUCCACGUGUAACACAUGUUCUCUGUCGUACACAACGGCACGGUGUUGUCAUGCAGGCCCUGCGUGAUUCAAAGCGCUGUGUGACCGCAUAUUGGUUGAACGAUACAAUUCUACGGACUCAAGUUCAACCACCGUCCGAAGCGCUUCAUCUUCCAAUGCCCAGCACAUUUGGUACACAACGACCCGCCACCAAGCACAUCAUCUCCGUAUCUGGAUUUGAUGGUGAUGAACGUUCACGUGUAAAACAAAUGGUUGAAGAGUCGGGGGCAUUGCUAACGCCAUAUUUCUCGCGGCACAAUUCGGUUUUGAUUUGUAAGAAGCCCGAAGGCAAUAAAUACAAACGAGCAAAGGAUUGGAAUAUACCGGUGGUGAAUUGCGUUUGGCUUAAUGACAUUUUGCAAGGGAACUUAAGCCAUAUGUCACAAUAUGAGCAACAAAAGUAUCAACAGUACAGUCUCAAUGAACCACUUCGAAUCGAUUACUCGCUGGUUGCACAUUUGAUGAAUGCGUGGAAAUCACCAAUCAACUUGACGACGGAAUUGUUUGAACGGGUGAAACGGCUUCAGGACGAACCGGCAUCAAAUGAACCAAAACCGAAGAAAAUUCGUAAAUAUGAACCGUUGGAAAUUCUUCCCGAUGAAAUUGUGUGCAAUGAAAAACCUGAACAAGUGCCUAAAAUCGUUUUCUCCCAAGUUGACAAUUUGGAUGGACUUAAAAAUGCUGUCACGACGCUUGGUGGCGAAAUAGUGGAGCCCGAUAAAGCAACACAUCUCGUGCUAACACAUUUAGUACGAACAUAUAAGCUAAUGCUUGCACUGUGUUCAGUUGAUCAUAUUGUCAGCAGCAAAUGGAUUGUGGAUAGUGCAAAAGCGGGUAAAUUCCUUCGACCUGACGAAUACACUCUGAACGACGACCAGUUCCGCAAACUGUACAAGUGCGACAUUCAAGAGGUGAUCAAAUCAACAACACGAAAAACUCUGUUUUCUGGUAAAACGUUUUUCAUAACACCAAGUGUCCGACCCAAGCAUAAAGAUGUCGUAAAAUUGAUUGAGUUUUGUGAUGGCAAUGUGGAAACUAAACGUCGAACGGCCGUACAAAUUUCCCAAACAAAUAAUCAACAGCCAGAUAGCUACAUCAUAUUGACAUGCACGCAGGAUCUCCAUUUGGUACUUGACCUAAUGAAGGUUGGCAAAUCAAACCGUUUCAUCUGUUCCACGGAACUCGUGCUCGCUGCUAUAAUGCACCAAAAAGUCGAGUUUGAACCUCACAUCAUAACGUAUGAUCGACAAAAACUUGACAAAGCUUUGAAUUAAUGCAGACUUCAGUGUCAUUAAGCAAUCAUCAGAAUUUCUAAAUAUUUGACUAUCGUUUGGAUGAAAAAGUAUAAAAAAGCAUUUAAAAUGUCAAAAUCAAAAAGGAACACAAGAAAACUAGGUUGCAGAUCGUAUUUUUGGAAGGAAUUACAGUAAAUUCAAUUUAAUAUUAAAGAAUCGGAAAAUGCAGCAAAUAUUUUUUAUAGAAUUUGAAGAAGAUCCUAUAUUUUUUGCGCCAAUCACAUAUUCAUAGAAUUGUUCUCACUCGUUUUAUUUUCUGUUCUGUCCGGUGUAAAUAACACGUUUGUUCUUGGUAUUUUACUCACAGCGUUUCAGAAAGGGAAUUUAAAAAAAAUAUCGAAAUCCCAUUCAAAGUGGUUAAGAUCUUUUUGUGAAUUUCUAGUUAUCAAAUGUUAUUCGAUGUAGAAUUCAAUCUUAUUUUCCAAAUAAAGACCAAAACGAAUGUGUGUAUGUGCGCGCCACUCGAAUUGGCUUACCGAUAAGUUAGUUUUUUUUGUAAAGUGAUUCUUAUAGAAGAAAAAUGAAAGAAUAAAAAAAUUCUAUUUAAAAACCUCA